AUUUGGUUCAUAUCUAUUUAUUCAUUCUUUAUUGUUUUUGACCUUGGCGCGUGGGUUUCAAAAUAUUUGUACAUAAACAAUUAUUCUGUUUUCUUAGGCGCACAAGGAAGUGGUGGGAGGAAUCUCUCUUUCUUUCAUCUUCUAUUUUUUCGUUUCAUAAUUUCGCUACUGAUUUUAUUCCUCCCCAAUUCUGCGCUCAAUUCUCUAAUUCAGUUUCGUUAGAUUCUCUCUCAGUCCCGAUUUUACAGAGAAAUUCUUGUCUUUCGGAUUUUGUUUGAAGAAGAGGUAGUGGAGAAUUGGCGUUGGGCUUUGGGGAGUGAAGUGGUUCGGAGAGCUCUCGUCUGAAUUCCUUGUAGAGGGUCUUUUGUUCAGUCGAAAUUUGGGGAGCAUGGAUGAAAAUGUAUCUGGAGGAGAUGUUUCUGAUGUUGAUUGGACGACAGAUGACGAGUCAGAGAUUAAUUUGAACCCCGUUACUACUAUUGUUGGCAAUGAGGAGGCUUGCUCCUCAAGAAGUGCUUCCCGUUCCAAGAUGUUUGAUCAUUUUGUUGGAAUGGGUUUUUCGGAUAAAUUGGUUUCAAAAGCCAUUGAGGAAAAUGGAGAAGAAGAUUCAGACUCAAUACUGAACUGGCUCUUAACAUUCUCGAGUCUUGAAGACUCUCCUCCACAACAGUUGAGUACAAAUUUUGAUCCAUGCUCUUCUGAUUACAAUGAGAUCUUUCCAAAUGAUCUUUCAGAUAUGGACAGCUGGUCUGACGAUGAAAUAGAAGACUGCUUGAAGCCCAAUGGUGCUCCCAAUGGUGCUGCCAAUGGUGUUUAUAGAUCAGAAAAGCACAAGAUGUUGUUGUCAUUGGCUGCAUCUGGAUCAUUGACAGAGAGAGAGGAAAAAUUGCUCUCCUUAGCAGAUAUGGGAUACCCUCUGGAAGAGGCUGAAAUUGCUCUGGAAAGAUGUGGGCCAAAAGCCUUAAUUGGUGAGUUGAGUGAUUUCUUAUGUGCUGCUCAAAUGGCUAGAGAGGAAGACUGUUAUUUGCCUGAUGAUGAUCUCAAGCCAAAGCAUCUUCUUAGUGGGAGCAGCAAGAGCAAGAAGAGGAAAUUUCUAGAGAUGAAGAAGAAUGUCAUUGAGGAGUCAAUUCGCCUGCCUAAUCCAAUGAUUGGAUAUGGUGUUCCUUCCAUGCAGCUAGAGCGUGUUCAUCGUUCCUUGCGAGAUGAUGCAAGAGCGCCCCCCUACUUCUACUAUGAGAAUGUAGCCCUUACACCAAAGGGGGUCUGGGACACCAUCUCACGGUUCCUCUACGACAUCGAGCCAGAAUUCGUUGACUCGAAGUUCUUCUCAGCCUGUGCAAGAAAGAGAGGCUAUGUCCACAAUCUGCCCAUCGAGAACAGGUUUCCCCUCAUCCCUCUCCCACCCCUGACCAUCCAGCAGGCUUUUCCCUUAUCAAAAAGGUGGUGGCCUAGAUGGGAUCCACGAGACAAGCUGAACUGUAUCCAGACUGCUAUAGCUAGUGCAAAACUGACAGAGAGGAUCCGCAGUGCGCUAGAGAGGGUUGAGAGUGAGGCUGACCCACCAGAGUCAGUCCAGCGCUAUGUUAUGGAACAGUGCAGAAAGUGGAAUUUGGUGUGGGUGGGACGAAACAAAGUUGCCCCCCUAGAACCUGAUGAGGUGGAAAUGCUUUUGGGCUUCCCAAAGAACCACACGAGGGGUGGUGGGAUAAGUAGAACCGACAGAUACAAGUCUCUUGGAAACUCUUUUCAGGUCGACACUGUGGCCUAUCACCUGUCUGUUUUGAAGGAUAUAUAUCCUAACGGCGUCAAUGUGCUGUCCCUCUUCUCUGGUAUCGGUGGAGCAGAGGUUGCACUCCACCGACUUGGGAUAAAAUUGAAGAACGUUGUCUCGAUUGAGAAAUCUAAAGUCAACAGAGACAUAGUGAGGAGUUGGUGGGAGCAGACCAACCAGACAGGGAUGCUGAUCGAUUUCGACGAUGUGCAGCAGUUCGACGACACCAGAAUAGAGCAGAUUAUUGGGAGCAUUGGUGGGUUCGAUCUGGUGGUUGGUGGAAGCCCUUGCAACAAUCUGGCUGGAAGCAAUCGAGUCAGUCGAGAUGGUCUGGAGGGGAAGGAGUCGUCGCUGUUUUAUGAUUAUUUUCGUAUCUUAGGUUCAGUUAAGUCGGUCAUGCGCAACAAUAGGUUCGCGUAGAUGUAAACUUUAUUGAAACCAGAUGCUUUUGCACACUGUAUUCUCAUUUGUUUAUGAAAUUCAUUUUGUAA